AUGAAGAACGACUUUUUCUAUCUGAGUAUUCUCACAAUUUCCAUUCAGUUUUUUUCUCCUUCUCCAUUUAUCUACUUUUUCUUCUUUUUCUUCAUUUUUUAUUUUACUGUUUCGUUUUUUCUUUAUCUUCGUACUUUCAUUUACUUUUUAAUUUUUUUUUUCGUUUUUCUUUUACGUUUUUCUUUUUUUCAUUUUCGUCGUCUUCGUUUUUGUUUUAUUUUUAUUUUUUUCGGGUUUAUCUUUUUUCGUGUCUUUCUUCGUAUUUCUCCUUUUUUCCGUUUUUCCCCUUUUUUGGUAUUUUUUUCGUAUUUCUCGUUUUUUCUUCGUUUUUCUCGUUUUUUCUUCUUUUUUCUCGUUUUUUUUCUUCGUUUUUCUCCUUUUCCCGUUUUUCUUAAUUUUCUUUCGUCUUUCGUUUUCAUCUUUUCCUUUUUUUCUCUCUCUCUUUUUUUCUAUCUCUUUCUUUCUUCCUCGUUCUUUAUGUCACUUUUUCUUUCUCACUCUUUUUUUUUCUUUUUUCUCUCUCUGUUCUCUUUCUCACUUUGCUCUCACUCACAUUUCUUUCUCUCACUGAAUUCUUUCUCUCUCUUACUGACAUUUCUCACUGACUUUUCUCUCUCUCUUUAUUUCUUCAAACAUGUUUUAAUGAAUAUGUCUCUCACGUGCUCUUCAACCUACUUUUCUUUUGUUUUCUUUUCCAUUUGUUUUUUCUUUUCUUAUCUUAUACCUUCUUUUUUCUUUUCUUAUUUUCUUUCUCAUUUUUUUGCUUUCUUUUUCCUUUUACGUAUGUUUUUCUUUUCUCUUUUACUUGUUUUUUUUCUCUUUUUUUCUCUUUUUUUCUUUUCAUUUUCAAAUCCGUCCCCACUGUACUUUUUCACCAGUUACCUUGUUUUUGCCAUAUUUAACAAUGAGGUGGGUUUCAAACUGACAUUUUUAUUCUAUCUAUCUAUCUAUCUAUCUCAUUAUUCCAUGUGCCCGAGUUUGCAAUCAUUUCGAUACCAUGUCAAAUCGACACGACUAGAAGGAUAUAUAUACAAAGAAAUUUUCUGUAUAAACGCAUUAUCUAUCUAUCUAUCUAUCUAUCUAUCUAUCUAUCUAUCUAUCUAUCUAUCUAUCUAUCUAUAA